AUGACACCUGUGUCUUCGGAGUGGAGGUUUUCGUCAUCAAGAGCUCAGGAGUUGGCGAAUGUUUUCUCUGAUGUGUUCACUGCUGGAGACCACAAAUGGAAGGUGACGCUGUUCCCGAGGGGUAAUUUGGCUAACAGAGGCCAAAGCCUUUCGAUGUAUCUCGUUCUAGUUGAUGAGGACAAUCUGGCUUCUGGGCAGAAAGUUAACGUCAGAUUCAUCCUUCGAUUAAAAGACCAAAACAACAUUAUACGCGGUCAGCAAGGUUGUACUACUGCAUGGUUUAGUAGCUCCGCCCCGAACCGGGGUUGGCAUACUUUCAUGCCGCUGAAAACGGUUGGGACAUGCCUGAUGGAAGAUUCAUGUGUCAUUCAAGCACAAGUCAUGGUGCUUGGCACAUUUAACAAAUUGCCAUGA